AUGGUCGUCGUCCACAUCGCGGUUCUGUCCGCGUUGGCUGCUCUAUCCAAUGCCGCUCCGUCGCAACCGAAGCAUGUCGUGCACGAAAUGCGCGAGAAGCCCUCGGCUGACUGGAUCAAAAGCGCUCGCAUUGAGCCCUCAGCUAUCCUGCCUGUUCGCAUUGGCUUGAGUCAGACAAAUCUGGAGAAGGGAGAGGAAUUCCUCAUGGACAUCUCGAACCCAGAAUCAGCCAACUAUGGAAAGUACUGGGCUUCCGACGAUGUCCAUGACAUGUUUGCGCCUCCGGAAAAGCACGUCGAUGCUGUCAGAGAGUGGCUCACGACUGCCGGAAUUGAGGGCCACCGUGUUGUCCGUUCCGACAACAAGGGCUGGCUCGCCUUUGACGCUACCACGGAAGAAGUCGAACGACUCUUGCAGGCCGAGUACCAUGAGCACGAGCAUGCUCAGAGCGACAAGAUCCGUGUCGGCUGCGACAAGUACCAUGUGCCCGAGCACUUGGCCGCGCAUAUUGAUUACAUCACCCCAGGUGUCAAGCUCACCCAGGUUGUCAAGCACAAGACCCAUGAUUAUACGAAACGUGCAAGCCACGCUGAGGCUGUCCGCACAUCCAAGUACAUCGAGGCAAACUUGGAAUUGCCAGAGGGUUGGGCUGCACCUCAGGGUCUGGCCGCUGACGUGCAGACAUGUAGUUUCAACAUGACCCCAACGUGCAUCAAGGAGCUGUACGGUAUUCCCAAGACCUUGAAGAACCCGCACAAAGACAACUCUCUUGGUUUGUAUGAACAGGGCGACUACUUUUCCAAGUCUGACUUGGACCUGUACUGGAAGAAUGUCAAUCCGGCGGUGCCCGAGGGAACGUACCCGACCCCGGCGCUAAUUGACGGAGCCAACUUCUCUGUGCCUUCGUAUAGCUCGCUCAACCAGGGCGAGUCUAAUAUUGAUAUUGAGAUGGCGUUCUCUUUGAUCUACCCGCAAACUGUCACCUUGUACCAAGUCGACGACCAGGUUUACGAGCCCGAGGAAAUAGCCACCACCAAUCUCUUCAACACCUUCCUUGACGCCCUGGACGGCUCGUACUGCACCUACGCAGCCUACGGCGAAAAGGGGGACGACCUCAGCAUCGACCCCAUCUACCCUAACCCUGCUGCAGGCGGAUACAAGGGCAAGCUGCAGUGCGGCGUGUACAAACCCACCAAUGUAAUCAGUGCCUCAUACGGCCAGGCCGAGGCUGAUCUUCCCUUAAAGUACACCCAACGUCAGUGUAACGAGUUUUUGAAACUGGGUCUGCAGGGCCACUCCAUUCUGUUUGCUUCCGGUGAUUACGGUGUAGCCUCGUUUGCGAAUGACGGCGCAGAAAACGGCUGCUUGGGACCAGAAGGCAAGAUCUUUAACCCACAGUAUCCUUCAAACUGCCCCUAUGUGACCUCGGUCGGUGGAACCAUGCUGUACAACGGUCAAUCGGUUCAGGAUACGGAAAGUGUCAUGCACGUUGACCUUGGCGGCACUGCAGCAAACUUUUCUAGCUCUGGUGGCUUCUCUAAUUACUUCUUGCGCCCUUGGUAUCAGGAAUUCGCGGUCGAGAAAUAUUUUGCGACUGCCGACCUUUCAUAUCCGUACUACGCCGAGCUCUCCGUCGAUGUGAACACGACGUCUGGUCUUUUCAAUAGUAUAGGCCGUGCUUAUCCUGAUAUUUCUGCCAAUGGUGCCUAUUUCUCGUCUUUCCUUGACGGCAAGUUUGUGCAUUUCUUCGGCGCGAGUCUGGCAUCGCCCCUAUUCGCCUCAGUAUUGACUUUGCUUAACGAGGAACGCUUGAGCAUUGGCAAAGGACCAAUUGGUUUUGUCAACCCGGUCCUUUACGCCAAUCCCCACGUCCUCAACGACAUCACGAAUGGCACCAAUGUUGGCUGCGGCUCUGAGGGAUUCUCUGCUAUUGAGGGAUGGGACCCGGCAACUGGUUUGGGCACGCCCAACUACCCGAAGAUGAAGGAGCUAUUUUUGGCUCUUCCUUAG